GAAUGAAAUUACGGCCUGAAUUAACCAAAGAAACAACCAAAGCCCUCCAUGGUACGCCAACAGUUUUGCUACAAUUGAAGUUGACACAAGGUCCAACCAGCACAUUAACCACUGCACCAACAUCACCACACCAACUAACCACACCAACCUCAACCACUACAAAACAGCCACAACUCCAACAGCAACCAGAAAUCAAGCAGAAAUCAACCAGGUGGCUGAAUGGCUGAAACAGAGUAAUAGCAAAAACUCGUGGGUUUACCAAACAAAUUG